AUGGAUGAAUGUGGCCGCCCUGACAAGGUGGGGAAGCCGCCGGGAAUAGGACUCGAGGACCGCUACAGGCCGAGAUUCCAAUACGCCGCGAGAGAGGAUGCAACGAACGAAGGAACAGAGUAUGCUUCCUCGCCGACACGAGGGAUUGAUAAGGUGACCGAUUUGCGAAAGAACAUGCAUCUGGGCAACAUCUGGUGCUGCACUGUCGUUGAGGACCCUGUCUGA